GGCUCUAGCUGGUUGCCCAUCAAAUCUGAAUAGCGGUUGUACUGCUCGGACGAACACUAGCGCUCCCUUCGACCGGAACCAUGACGGAUGACGGCUACGCUGUCCAGCAUUUUGGCGUCUCGCCGAAGAGUAUUGUUGACUGUGUGUAUAAUGUCUGGUUUGACUACACCGAGAAGUGCCUAGAUGCCCUCAAGACCGCACUAGAGGAAAAGGCCUCCGGCCACAUUGCCCCCGAUGAGCUGGAAGCAAGUGUGGAGUCCAUCUUUCCAGAAAUGGUCACCGCAUUUAACAAGAAUGCUGACAAGUUGGAGGAGUUCAUGAAGCGCAACAUCACACACGUGCCAUCGCACGUGCUGCUCCCCGAGGAUGAUGCGCAUCGGCAGUUGCCCGACGAGAGGAAAACGAGUGUGUCCUUCCUUAGGGCACAGCUCAGGUCACUGCACAGGCGCAUUGCUCAGGAGACUGCACGACAGCAGGCCCUUAAGGAUGAGCUGGCCCGACAAGAUGUAUUGCGGGAACAACUACAAGCCAAGCUGCGGACCAUUGAGGAGGUGGCACGGCAAGCAGCUGAAAUUAGCAACAAGACCAUCACAGUACCAGCAGAGGGUGUUGCCUGUUUGCACCCAGGCACUCAAAAUGUGCCGGCACUGUGCAGAGAAGCUGAAGGUCUCUCAGAAGCCACUGGACAGUGGGGAGAUGCAUAGACGCUUCGAUGCAGUGACACAAGGGAUCUUGUAACUGUUGCUUGUGUUUAACAUUUGCCAUCACACAUUGAAAUCAUUUAUGGUAUAGAGUGCCUUGAAGAGUAUUAUGGAAGGGGGAAGCAACGAAGUAAUUGUUACAAAAUUGUCGGUGACUUGCAUUAGUCAAGUGAUAUGUGAACAAAUAAUUGAGAAACAGUCAGGUGUUACUUAUUGCUUAUUAUUCAUUAACCCUCACAUAGUAAGGUCACAAUGAAUGGGAUGGCAACAAAGAAAUAAGUGCUGCUUCUUGUGAUUGAAUGAAAAACGCUUAAUUUUGCUAAUUAUUAUUUUUAUAAUUUUUUACCGAAGUUUUCCCAGGGAGGUAUGUUACAUAAUUACUUAUGUAUCAUUAUAUAGACAUUUGAUGGACCAGGAACUGCAGAAUAAAACACAGUAGAAUUUUAUUAAUUCAACUCUGGUUCAUUUGAUCUUUCCGUUGGUUCGAUCCCCACUGAAAGUCCCGGCCAGAGUCCAUGCUGCCUGGUGUUUGCUGUACUGAAAGCUUGAUUUGACUGGGUUUGAGAACACUACUGCUCCCCACAACUCAAUAGAACUUCUUGGGCAUGUUGGUGGGGUUUACUAAACAUGGUUUUUAGGCGCCCAUCUUAGCACCCUGCAACCAUGUUUAAUAGCCCCACAACUUGGUCGGCUUUCAAAUGAAACUGGUACAGGUUGAUUCUGCAGUAGACAUCCCUUAAUUUGCCUCCGGUUAAUGCAAUUUUUUGGUUAAUUUAAUCCGGACCAGAAGUCCCGGCUAGUGCCAAUGCAUUUCUGUCGGCCCAAACUGUAGUUAUUUCGAUCCUAAAAUUGGCCUUUGCGGGAUAAUUUGAACUUGACCAAUCACCACACACAUGCCGGACCCCUAGUAAACCCAGUAGCGACAAUCUUUAGUGAC